AAGAGUCCUUGUCACAACAUCCAUAAAUUGACGCAAAUUACUGCCAAACUUCCUCCGUCAGCUGUAUAAAAAGACGCCACAGAUGAUCUGACUGUCGCACUGACCUCCCGUUUGGUCGGAAACGGACCGUUCGAGGAACAUGAGUCGUCUCCUAGCGACGUGGCGGCUGGUGGUCCUGUCGUGGCUGCUGAUUGGUCAGCAGGUGCAGCCGAGCAGCGACCGUCUGGUGCAGGUGACGGUGAUGCCGGAGGUUCCGUUCCCGUUCAUCCCGCCGCGACAGUGCGGGAACGUGACGGCCCUGGAGAGAGUGGAGAUCGGAUUCAAGACUGGAGUGGUAGAGCAUGAAUACAUAGUGACUUUCAACGGAUAUUUCACCCCGACUGCCCGCAAAAACUUCAUCCAGGCAGCGUUACGGGAAGCGGAGAUUCCGUCGUGGCAGAUCGUACCACGGAAUAACCCCGCCAGCGACUAUCCCAGUGACUUUGAGGUUGUACUGCUGCAAGAGCGAGCCCAGGACGGCCGAGACGCGCUCGAGGACCACCCCAACGUCAAACGAGUGACUCCGCAACGUCGGGUGAGGAGGACACUGAAAAGGAUCGAAUACACCACUGAGCUGCCUGAUGAGAACCUGGAGCCAUGUGCCAACAAGGGGACCCCCUGCUGGGCACAGACGUGGCAGUCAUCUCGGCCACUCAAAAGGACCAGCCUGGCUUAUGGAGCGGCGUUCUGGCACUCCACGGGCCGCCACACGAGCCGGCGCCUGCUGCGUACGGUCCCACGCCAGAUCACCAACGUGCUGCAGGCAGACCUGCUCUGGGCCAUGGGCUUCUCUGGGAGUGGCAUCAAGGUGGCAGUGUUCGACACGGGACUGAGCGAGAACCACCCGCAUUUCCGCAACUUGAAGGACCGCACAAAUUGGACCAAUGAGAAAACCCUUAACGACGAAUUUAUAGACAAGUCUGAUUUCGGUCGCAGUAUGGUUUCUCAGAGAUUGCCGUCUAGUGGAAAGGGUUCCUGA